GACAGCUGAAGAUGGCGGAGUACCUGGCAUCGAUUUUUGGCACCGAAAAAGAUAAAGUGAACUGCAGCUUCUAUUUUAAAAUAGGAGCUUGUCGUCAUGGGGACCGCUGUUCCAGAAUUCACAAUAAGCCUAAUUUCAGCCAGACUGUACUAAUACUCAACCUCUACUGCAACCCCCAAAAUUCGGCCAAAUCAGCGGAUGGUUCCCAUACCACUGUCAGUGAUGAAGAAAUGCAGGAGCACUAUGACCUCUUCUUUGAGGAGGUCUUUGUUGAACUUGAAGACAACUAUGGUGAGAUUGAAGAGAUGAACGUCUGCGACAACCUUGGGGAUCAUCUAGUUGGCAAUGUCUACAUUAAGUUCAAAUUUGAGGAAGAUGCCAAGAGAGCAGUUGAAGACCUCAACAACCGCUGGUUCAACAGACGUCCUAUGUUUGCCGAGCUUAGCCCAGUCACUGACUUUCGUGAGGCCUGUUGUCGACAGUAUGAGAUGGGAGAGUGCACCAGGAGUGGCUUCUGUAACUUCAUGCAUCUAAAGCCCAUCUCCCGUGAGCUCAGACGUGAGCUGUACAGCCGCAAGAUCGUUCGCAGGUCGCGUGACGGGAAGCGACAGACGUCCAAGAAGAAGCGCCAUCGUCGACGUCAUCGUCACCACCGCUCUGCAUCCCACACUCGCCACCGCUCGAUUUCUCCUCGCCGAUGUGGCUCUCACUCGCCCAUUCGCCGAAGUUCUCGUUCAUCCCAUCACCAUUCACGCUCACCAGUUACUCGAUCACGUUCACCUUUCCACCGAUCACGCUCACCCUUCCAUCGAUCACGCUCACCUCUCUUACAGCCACGCUCGCCACAACAGUUAGGCUCACCUCUUCCUCGAUCACGUUCGCCGUUUCAGCGAAAAUCACGGUCGCCAAUGCAACGUGGAUCUCGAUCGCCUGCCCGACGUAUUUCACGAUCGCCUGUCCGCCGUAUUUCACGAUCGCCCGUCCGCCGUAUAUCGCGAUCCCCGGUUUGCCGAAUUUCACGAUCACCGGUUCGCCGCGCUUCACGCUCGCCUCUUCAUCGAUCUCGUUCUCCUGGACGCCGCGAUUCCCGCUCUUCUCCUUAUCGUCGCUCACGCAGCAAUCCUCGCCGCGCAUCGAACUCGCCGUCGCAGCAUCGCUCGUCGCGCUCACCUUCUCUGCGGCAGUUUCGUUCUCGCUCUCCAGAUCGCGCCGGGCAUUCACCAUCUGCUCGUUCAGGAGUUUCACAGUACACCCGCUCGAGGCCGCUUCGGAGAUCUUCCCCUCUUCAACGCAAGUCACCCCCAUAUUCCAGCGAUAACAAUCCCACCCCCAACAGACAUACUUCUAACGUCAACAAUAACAACAGUCUCAGGUCUCCUCUUACGACCCGUAAGUCUCCUGUGAUCUUAUUGAAGACCCCCUUGUUGACGACCAAGACGCCGCUCCUGUCGUCUGCUAAAGCUCCCCUUCUUCCAAAUAAACCCACGCCUAUCCGGCGGUCCCCACCUAACCCGCGCCCGCCUCUCAUAGCUAAAACCCCAAUGAUGAAGUCUCCAUUACUUGCUAAACCUCCCCCUCUCUGCAAUAAAAACUCAAACUUCCAGAUAGGUCCCAAGUCAUCACAAUUUGUAGGCGGCCAUCACCUUAAUAAAGGAGCCAUGCAGUGUGAUUCACCCUCUCCCUCGUCAAAGUCGCCGUUGCUUGGCAAGGCCCCUAACUGUUCUCUCUCUGGACGCUCUGAAGCUCCGACUUCUUAUGGUACUGACAUGGACACCCAGAGGCAAAUGACAACCGAAGUUGGUGGUGACAAUAACAGGGCCAAUGCACUUCAGGAUAAGAGUUUCUAUGGUCCAAACGCUAAUGCUGCCAAACCCGAGGCAAUGAACGUGCUUCAGUUUAUGAGCCACAACGACAACAUUUCUGACCAAAUUCACGCGACCAGCAGCAGCGACCAGUCAAACAGCACACGUACCCUUACCCCCAGCGACCCUGCUGCCCAUCUCGCUACAACUGCCGUCAUGAGCCUCGCUCACCCGCGAGGCACGAAAGUGAUGAGCCUUGCCGACAGCUUUCCCCACCACGGCGGUUUCAAUUUCAACUCAAACUUCAGUGCUCAGCACGCUGCUCUCCUUGGCGCUGGUGGCAACGCAGUGGCUCACCAUCAUCCUCACCACCACUUGAGUGCCUGCAGCAUGGCUACGUUGCAUCCUUUCUGUGGAGGUGCAAGCAUCACCACCACACCCAGUUACCCCAAUACGCUCACGCACUCGCACCCAUUCUCCACUCUCUCAUCACUCCAUCUUCCUCAUCACGCUUCCACCUUUUCUUCUCCUCUUCUGCCUUGUCCGCCACCAACACCUCUGCUUCUUGGGCGUGGGGGGUUACUGAGUGGCGUCAUGGGAGGUUACGGCCGGGGAGUUAUGGGAGGACUCCUAGGACACGGGGGGCUCGCUCUAGGAGGCUUCAGGCUUGGUGCUCCUUCUGGCAACUACGGUGGUCGGCGAGGAGGGCGAGGUGGGGGCGUAACUCUUCAAGAGCAGCUCGCAAAAGCUGCUGCCGCCGUCAGGCUCAACAGGCCGUACUGAGCACACGUAUUUAGAUGUCGGAGAGGGGUUUGCCUGGUAGUAUUACUCAACUACAGUUUAAUUAAAAUUUUAUGGCUCUCACAUUAACAUCGCUGCCAUGUCCAUGCGUGGGGAAGGCCACGAUGAUUCUGUGUUCUCGGACACUAAUCAUCACAUCAAAUCGGACACUACGUGUACUUGAGCAAGUUUUGAUAGCCUUUGGUCAUGAAAACUGAUUGUAACAAUUAAAGGUUCCAUGUGGAUUAUUUCGAUUUGGAUGAGCGUGGUCAAUUUUCUUUCUUCCUGAUGAAAGAAUUAUACGGCAGUUAAAUGGUUGCGAAUUCUUGCGAACUGUGAUGUAGUGCAGCUAGAUCAAAUUCUGAAUUCUUGCGAAUGUCUGUGUGAUUAUCAAACGUAGUUUUAAUGCAUUACAUUAACUCUCAUCUUACUUCUACUGUAUAAAAAUGGUUUCUUGAAUUCCUUUGCUAAUUAACCAAACCUUGCAUAAUACCUUCAUCUACUCGGUGCAACACUGUUUGUUUUUCUAGUCAUUACUAUUUUUUAGACUAACUGUGAAACAGUAGCUUUCGUAGUAGAAGAUUAUGCGCAGUUAAAUAGCGAACCACGAAAAUGCGUCAGUUGGCCAUCACGCAUCAUUUCUACUGAAUGAGCGUAGCAAUCUGUUGUUUAAUUAUAUAAGACUAUUGCAUGUACGUAUCGGGUUAAGAUCCGAUAACGCUUAUGUACAUUUUAAAUUCUGGAAUGAGAUACCCAAUCGAUAAGGAGCUCGAUGUUUGAUUUUUUAUGUUGGCUCACAGUUUGGUGAGAAGGAGUAAUUCUCGAGAAUUUAUGCAAAAAAACUCACCAUAACAUGUAGUUUCUACUAAUUCCUUAGUUAAAAUAUGUCAUUAGUCUUAUCCUUAGUUGUAAAGUGAUUUAAUUUCAAUGAUUUAUUUCGUCCUCUUCAUCUUUCAUUCUUUAUGUCAUUAGUAUUUUUGUUUGGAUUUCAGUCGAUUCAUAUUUAUCUGUAACAUGUGACCUGUGAUGAAUCGACAAAUUAACGUUCAAGUAAUUUUGUUGUAGAUAUUUAUUUCUCUUAAACGAGAAGCGUACGUAAGAUAGCUCGCAAGAUUUGUGGGAAGAUUUUUCUAGUCAUUAUGUACCGAAUGAUUGCUUACGUACAGCUUGUACCUGGCAUAUAAUUCCCGCUCUAGUCGAUUUGUGUUUACUCCUUUGUGUAUGUGUUCCAAAUUAUUGAGGAAUUACGCAGAGUAAUCAUUCUUACUCUGUGUUACCCUAACUAAUUAACUAAAAACUGAAAUACUCAAUUAAUUUGAUAUUUAUCAUACUUUAAUUACGAUUUAAGUCCCAAAUUAUGAUAAACAAAUCGAAUUUGUUGCGCAUGGAUAUGCUGGGAAACGUGUCAGUAGACGAAUAAACAUGGCUAGCAUGUAGUUUCGUUCGGUGUAGCCCCUUAUAUUUGAUGGUAUGAUCUGUAUCGUUGUCGACAGGGAAUACAAAAUAGAAAAUUGGGUCUUACUGGAGUUCUUUCUCCGUUGUUGGUAAUCGUCGACGAAGUUUCUAUGAGUUGGCUGACUACGUAGUGUUGAUUUCGAUAAAUGUAAUAUGUUAUUUUUUCGGGAGCUUAUCAAAACAAUGAAAUCGAGAAACGUUC